ACCUCCUCCUCCUUAUUCUUUGCUUUCAAGAGGCGUUCAACACGCUCGCUGCUGAAGAGAUUCGUGCGAGCAAGAUGGCGGGUACAUCUGCACCGUACGGUAUCAGCAACUAUGGGACAACCUUGGUGAUUGUGUCCUGGACCGAGUUUGGGAUCUGCUUGGUCCUGUUGUUGGCACGGACAUACACCACCUGGGCGAUCACCAAGCGUAUCAGACUUGAUUUGUAUCUGGCAGUCUUCACUUUUAUCACGGCAACGCUCAGUCUCUGCUUCUUCACUCUCUCCAUCCUUUAUGGUUUAGGUCAGCACAUCAGUGUCCUUUCGACACAGCAGGCCACCGAGGCCAUGAAAUGGGCGUGGUCAAACACGCUUGUUAGUCUGUUCGCCAUCUCAGGCGGCAAAUUCGCCGUCGUGGCCUUCCUCCAUCAGCUCCAUGGACCUCAGGACCGCGGGAAAAAGAUCUUUCUAUGGACGCUUGCCUCGUCCAACUUAAUCAUGAACACCAUCACCGUCGGAACGAUCCUAGGAACCUGCAUGCCGGCGGCAAAGCUGUGGGAUAGCUCGCUGCCAGGGACGUGUGAUGGGGGGUUGCGCAACCAGAACUGCGCCUAUUUCCAAGGCAGUUGGUCUGCAUUUGUCGACAUGGUACUGGCCAUCUACCCGGCCAUCUUCUUCUGGAACGUGCAAUUACAGCCGCUCGUCAAGAUUGGUUUAUGUGUGUUGAUGGGCAUGGGAAUUAUUGCUUCCGUCUGCGCGAUAGCUAAGACCGUCGAGCUCAGUGCUCUGACAAGGACGGAGGAUACGACAUAUUUCAUCGGGAGGCUUGAUAUCUGGAAUACGACCGAGAUGUGGGUGAUUUUGAUCGUCGGCUGCAUCCCCCCGAUCCGGCCGCUGAUCGUCCGAAUCCUCAAGAAAGUGAGCUCGACCGUGUAUACCCGAUCGUAUCCCCGCUCUGGCACUGAGCUUCGCAAUUACUACGCCUCUGGCACUGGCCACAACCAUGGCCGUACAGCCUCCCAGAAGUUCCAGUCGCAGUCGGGCACCAACAACGACAAUGACAGCGAGGAGAACAUCCUAAAGGGGGACGGGACCAUCACAAGGACAACCAACAUCGAUGUUACGUAUUGGCAUUCGAAUGGAUCGUCAGAAGCAGUCGAUCAACCCAACGGUAUUCCACACGCCUUCUCGAGGCACAGGCCAUGAUCGAGGAAUCUGGUUUUUCUAUAAGGAAGUUUUGGUUUACUUCCAGUUACCAGGGAUACUACCUCCAUACCCUAUCCCUACUCUUAUUCUCCCAUCGACUACGGAGUAUUCUCUUUGUUCUACUCGCUAAUAGAUUACGAAAAUAGUUGAUGUACAUAAUGC